AUGGAGCGUAUUUUCUUCAGAAAUCUGCCAUCUGAAAUCAUCACCGAAAUCCUCUCACGCCUCCCUCUCCGAAGCAUUGCAUUGAGCAAGUGCGUUUGCAAACGAUGGCUCAAUCUGCUCGAUUCCGACGAUUUCGAAUUCAAAAUCCCACCCGCUCUAGCUCUUUUGCAGCAGAUGAGCUCAACUCGGUGCUCAAUUUUCGAAAUUGAAGACGAAGAAGAAGCCGAUCUAGAAAUCCGCGAUCUUCACUACAUUCAGCUCAUACAUUUCGAAAUUAGAGACGAAAAAUCAGAACCACUGGCAGAUGGACGUGACUAUGUAAUCGGGGAGUUAUCUGCUUUGAUGGACUGCCUGUGUUAUUCAUACACAUGGGAAGAUGAAAUUGUCAUAUGGUUGAUGAAGGAAUACCAUGUCGAGGAGUCUUGGACCAUAUUGUACAAGAUAGGUAGUAAUGGUUUUGAUUUAGAUUGGCCUUCUGGUUUUGAUUGGAAUUAUAUGUGUGUUAAACCAAUUAAACUUUUUAAAGAUGGUGACGUUUUGAUGCUGCUGUACGAAAAGUGGCUCAUCUACUACUCCAACAAGACAAGAACUAUUCAACAAGUCGGUAUGUUUAAGGAUGCAACUGCGAAGGAUAAAGUUAGUGCCAUGAUUUUCACUCCUAGCCUUUUCUCCCUCAAGAAUUUUGUAUUCGAGAAUGUGAUCUCAUUUUAG